AUGGCCCAUGCGCCAGUGGACAAAGAGCUGACGAGACUUACAGCCACGCCGUUGUCUCCGGAGAUCGAGAGUACACCACUCCCUGUCGGAUUCCACCAGCCUAAGUUCACCUUGUACGAGGGCAAAACGGAUCCAUACAUGCACAUGAGUCAUUACCGGCAAGUAAUGGCUGGCCACCGGCGCAAUGACACCUUGAUGUGCCUCAUAUUCCCAACAAGCUUGGGAGAAUUGGGCCUGAAGUGGUUCGAAAGGCUUCCGGAAGAGAGUAUAGAGGGGUGGCAGCAACUAGCGGAAGCCUUCGUCACCAGAUUCAAAACCAACACUCAAACGCCGAAGGAGGUCGAUCAUCUUCUGGGCGUCAAGAUGGAGUCAAGGGGAUUAUUGAAGGCAUAUAACGCGAAGUACUGGGAAACUUACAACGAAAUCCUCGACUACCCUACCAAUCUGGCGAUCACUCAAUACAAGCGGGGUCUCCCAGUCGGGCAUAGGUUGCGGGAUUCGCUCACAAUGCACCAACCCACAACCAUGGAGUCCUUAAUGCAGCGGAUCAAUGAGCACAUUCGUGUGGAGGAUGAUGCCACCUCCGCGACCGAGAAGGUUAAUUCGGUCGCAGCGGACAGAAGGGUAGCAGGGAAAGUUCACUCGGUCGGGCAAAAGGAUAACCGCCCAAGCGACCGGCCAAAAGAUCAACGACAUAGCCCAAAUCGUGAUGACAGAAACAAGGGUCGCAGAAACGACCGAGCUGACGCUCCCCGUGAUGCAGCGGAGGAUGCUAAGAGAAAAUUGAAGGCGCGGACUGGAAUCACCAUGGGACACCGAACAGAGGACUGCUUGCCGCUCAAACAACAUUUGGAAGAGCUAGUAGCCGCGGGACAUCUUGACCAAUACAUAGAUGGGGGUAUGAAAGCCGCGCCAUUGGGGCAAACUGAGCCAAACGGCCUAGCCGCCCUAGAGGCAGCACCCCAAGGCGUAAUCAACAUCAUCCAUGGUAUUGUUGAACCAACAAGGGUCUACGAGCUCAGAGGGAUGAUUAAGAUAGCCGAGCACAUGAGGGAAGUGCUCUUCGUUCGGCCCACUGUGAAGAAAGGGAAGACCGAAGAGAAAGACAUUCUUACCUUUUCGAGCAGGGACUUGAAGUGGAUCCAGAUGUCCCACAAUGACGCCCUAGUGUUGGAGGACAAGGACUUGGCCCCUGCGACGUCCCCUUUGGUUGGCUUCAACUCUCAGCCAGAAUGGCCGGUAGGGAAGAUCAUACUACCGGUCAAAGCGGGUUCAGUCAUAAAGCAAGUAGAGUUCUGGGUGCUCAAAGUCCCAUCCACCUACAACUUACUUUUAGGCAGGGGCUGGUUGCACGCCAUGCAAGCAGUAGCAUCGACUUACCAUCAGAUCUUGCGCUUCCCGGCGCCAAACGGACAAAUAGAGGAAGUUUGGGGAGACUAG